AGUGACGGAGCGAGCGGCUGUUGGAGGAAGGAGGUGGGGGGGCCGGGAGCGCAAAUGGCGUUGAGAUGGUUCAGGGCCCUGUUCAAACUCCAGCGCUGACCAUUCACCGGCGGAAACGGCGACGCAGGAGAAGGUGGCGGUCCCGCGGGGGCACGUAGCCAGCUCAGCCCGGGCUCCGGACGCCACGAUCAGGGAGGCCUAAGCCCGGCCCGGCCGGCGGCACUCGAAGCCGGGAGGGAAGUUGCGGGGCCGCCGCUCCCUCCUUCCCCCCCUCGUCCGCCGGGCUUCCUAUUUACCCGAGCGGAGACGCGGGGUGGUGACGGUGGCGGAGCCCCGGCCUCCCUAGGCGCGCCGGUCGGCCCUCUUCUCCCGCGCGGGGCUCCCGCGUCCGCCCGUGGGCUGUCGGGAGCGGGAGAGGCGGAGGCGGCCCGAGGCCAGAGCACCCGCCAGGCGCCGAGGGGAAUAUGAAACAGGUGUAAAAAUGACAUCCCGAUUUGGAAAAACAUAUAGUAGGAAAGGAGGCAAUGGCAGUUCAAAAUUCGAUGAAGUCUUUUCCAACAAACGGACCACCCUUAGCACAAAAUGGGGAGAAACCACAUUUAUGGCUAAAUUAGGACAGAAGCGGCCCAAUUUCAAACCAGAUAUCCAGGAAAUUCCGAAGAAACCUAAAGUAGAAGAAGAAAAUACUGGAGAUCCUUUUGGAUUUGAUAGUGAUGAUGAGUCUCUACCAGUUUCUUCAAAGAAUUUAGUCCAGGGUAAGAGUUCCUCUUAUUCAGACUCUGGUGAAGCUGCUCAGCUGGAAGAAGUCACUUCUGAACUUGGAACCAAUAGCAAAAUUAGUGUGGUGAGUGAAGACAGUGUUGUUUCCGAGAAAAGCUUACCUUUGGAGGAUGCUGUGCUUGGCAAAGAAAAAAGCACCAACAGAAUUCUAGAAGAUAACAAAAGUAGCUGUGUUAAAUUGAUUUCAGAUACAAUGGAGAAUUUUAGUGAUGAUCUUGAAAAAAAUAGUCACCAUUUUCACAAAAAUGCUGAAGACAAUGCCAAGAAACCCACCAUAGAAAUCACAGUGGCAUCUGGAUACAAAGCUGAUGAAAUCAAGGAAACAAAUGAUACUUGGAACUCCCAGUUUGGAAAAAGAUCAGAAUCUCCAUCUGAAAUAUCUGCAAUCAAAGGCUCUGUUAGAACUGGUCUAUAUGAAUGGGAUAAUGAUUAUGAAGAUAUCAGAUCAGAUGAUUGUAUUUUAAGUUUGGAUAGUGAUCCUCUUUUGGAGAUGAAAGAGGAGGAUUUUAAAAAUCGCUUGGAAGAUACAAAUGAAGCCAUGGAGGAAGACAUUUUGCAAAGUGUUCUUAGGCCAAGCAACUGUAGGACGUAUUGUAGGGCCAAUAAGGCAAAAUCCUCACAAGGAGCUUCAAAUUUUGAUAAGCUAAUGGAUGGUACCAGUCAGGCCUUAGCCAAAGUCAACAGUGAAUCAAAUAAAGAUGGCCUGAAUCAGGCAAAGAAAGGUGGUGUAAGUUGUGGGACCAGUUUUAGAGGGACGGUUGGAAGGACUAGAGAUUAUACUGUUUUACAUCCAUCUUGCUUGUCAGUGUGUAAUGUUACCAUACAGGAUACCAUGGAACGCAGUAUGGAUGAAUUCACCUCAUCCACUCCUGCAGAUUUAGGUGAGGCUGGCCGUCUCAGAAAAAAGGCGGAUAUUGCAACUUCUAAGACCACUACUAGAUUCCGACCUAGUAACACAAAAUCCAAAAAGGAUGUUAAACUUGAAUUCUUUGGUUUUGAAGAUCAUGAUGAGACAGGAGGCGAUGAAGGAGGUUCUGGAAGUUCUAAUUACAAAAUUAAAUACUUUGGCUUUGAUGACCUCAGUGAAAGUGAAGAUGAUGAUGAUGACUGUCAAGUGGAACGAAAAACCAGCAAAAAAAGAACUAAAACUGCUCCAUCACCCUCCUUACAGCCUCCUCCUGUAAACAAUGAUAAUUCCCAGGACAGUCAAACUAGUGCUAAUAAUUCAGAAAACUUGGAUUUUACAGAGGACUUGCCUGGUGUGCCUGAAAGUGUGAAGAAGCCCACAAAUAAACAAGGAGAUAAAUCAAAAGAAAAUACCAGAAAGAUUUUCAGUGGCCCCAAACGGUCACCUACAAAAGCUGUAUAUAAUGCCAGGCAUUGGAAUCAUCCAGACUCAGAAGAAAUACCUGGACCACCAGUAGUAAAACCUCAGAGUGUCACAGUGAGGCUGUCUUCAAAGGAACCAAAUCAAAAUGAUGAUGGAGUUUUUAAGGCUCCUGCACCACCACUCAAAGUGAUAAAAACUGUGACACUUCCUACUCAGCCCUACCAAGAUAUAGUUACUGCCCUGAAAUGCAGAAAAGAAGACAAAGAAUUAUAUACUGUUGUUCAGCACGUGAAGCACUUCAAUGAUGUGGUGGAAUUUGGUGAAAAUCAAGAGUUCACGGAUGACAUUGAGUAUUUGCUAAGUGGCUUAAAGAGCACUCAGCCUCUAAACACACGUUGCCUUAGUGUUAUUAGCUUGGCUACUAAAUGUGCCAUGCCCAGUUUUCGAAUGCACCUGAGAGCACAUGGAAUGGUUGCAAUGGUCUUUAAAACCUUGGAUGAUUCACAGCACCAUCAGAAUCUGUCCCUCUGUACAGCUGCCCUGAUGUACAUAUUGAGUAGAGAUCGUUUGAACAUGGAUCUUGAUCGAGCUAGCCUAGAUCUAAUGAUUCGACUUUUGGAACUGGAACAGGAUGCUUCAUCAGCUAAGCUACUAAAUGAAAAAGACAUGAACAAAAUUAAAGAAAAAAUUCGAAGACUCUGUGAAACUGUGCACAACAAGCAUCUUGAUCUAGAAAAUAUAACGACUGGCCAUUUAGCUAUGGAGACAUUGCUGUCCCUUACUUCUAAACGAGCAGGAGACUGGUUUAAAGAAGAACUCAGGCUUUUGGGUGGUCUGGAUCAUAUUGUAGAUAAAGUAAAAGAAUGUGUGGAUCAUUUAAGUAGAGAUGAAGAUGAAGAGAAACUAGUAGCUUCAUUAUGGGGAGCAGAGAGAUGUUUACGAGUUUUAGAAAGUGUAACAGUGCAUAAUCCAGAGAAUCAAAGCUACUUGAUAGCAUAUAAAGAUUCACAACUCAUUAUUUCAUCAGCUAAAGCAUUACAGCAUUGUGAAGAAUUGAUUCAGCAAUAUAACCGCGCUGAGAACAGCAUUUGCAUGGCUGACAGUAAGCCUCUCCCUCACCAGAAUGUAACUAACCAUGUAGGCAAAGCAGUGGAGGACUGCAUGAGAGCCAUCAUUGGGGUAUUGCUCAAUUUAACUAAUGACAAUGAAUGGGGCAGCACCAAAACAGGAGAACAGGAUGGCCUCAUAGGUACAGCAAUGAAUUGUGUGCUUCAGGUUCCAAAGUAUUUACCUCAGGAGCAGAGGUUUGACAUCCGAGUGUUGGGCUUGGGCCUUCUGAUAAAUCUGGUGGAAUACAGCGCUCGGAAUCGACACUGUCUCGUCAACAUGGAAACCUCCUGUUCUUUUGAUUCUUCCUUCUGUAGUGGAGAAGGACAUGAUAGUUUAAGGAUAGCUGGACAAGUUCAUGCUGUUCAGGCUUUAGUGCAGUUAUUCCUUGAACGAGAGCAAGCAGCCCAGUUGGCAGAGAGUAAAACAGAUGAGUUGAUCAAAGAUGCUCCCACCACUCAGCAUGAUAAGAGUGGAGAGUGGCAAGAGACUAGUGGAGAAAUACAGUGGGUUUCAACGGAGAAGACUGAUGGGACGGAAGAGAAACAGAAGAAAGAGGAUGAUGAUGAAGAACUUGACCUCAAUAAAGCCCUUCAGCAUGCUGGGAAACACAUGGAAGAUUGCAUUGUGGCCUCCUACACGGCCUUACUUCUUGGAUGUCUCUGUCAGGAAAGUCCAAUCAAUGUAACCACUGUGCGGGAAUACCUGCCAGAAGGAGACUUCUCAAUAAUGACAGAAAUGCUCAAAAAAUUCCUAAGCUUCAUGAAUCUCACCUGUGCUGUUGGAACCACAGGCCAGAAGUCUAUCUCUAGAGUGAUUGAAUAUUUGGAACAUUGCUAGCUGCUUUACCUUUGCUUCAGGUGCUCGGUAAUGAUGGAGUUAGCCUUAGACAAAGAGAAAUUAUGAAAGAAGUCCUUGAAGAUAUACCAAGAACAUUCAUCAGUAUCAUUCGUGUUUAGAUUUUUAAGACCACCUGAUUUCUUCAUGCAUUCUGCAUUUGCUAAAUGACAGUUACUACAUCAAUCUGCAACUAUCAAAAAUGAGGGAAAAGGUUCAGGCUGUUAACAAUCUUGUGCAGUAUUUAAAUACCCUUACUCGGCAGAGUUUAGGCCCUUCCCUUCUUGCUCGACUCUGGGCAGGUGUCACAGGGGUAUAUGUGCUGCUGUUAGUGCAACUGCUGUGUAUGUUGAGCCACUGUUGUCAUGCCAGCCAGGUGCAAAGGCAGCUUAGCUACUGAGGUAUCGAAUGUUCUCAGGACAUUCUAGACAACAGCUUAGUUCCUUUUUCAGGCUCAUUUGCUUUUGCUUUUUUGUUUUGUUUUGUUUUUGUUUUUGUUGAAUGAUUACAAUCGUAAAUAAAGCUUUUAAUAAUUUUGUGAUUUUUUUUUUGUUGUUGUUCCCUAAACUACUGUCUAUAUUUAAAAUUAGAUGGAAUCCAAAGACACAAGGGAUUAAUAGUAUAUUUUUUUAUUCUUGAUUGGGUUUGGAUGUUGAACUAUUUUUCACUUUUGAGAUCAUGACACCAUAUUCAAUAUCAUGCCAUAAUGUGUCAUAGCUAUAGACGCAAGAAAACAAAAUAGCAGUGUGAAGGAAUAUUAUAUUAUAAAGACGAUGUGCCCUGAUAAAGGAUUCAGCAAAGCAGACAAACCCAGGGUAGUUUACACUUAAUGCUAGGGAGGCUCUUGAAACAUUGUUAAGUUUUGAAGGAGGAUCUCUAGAUAUAUUUUCUGAUGUUCAGUACAAUAAAUAUAAGGAAGCUAAAACACCAAUGUGGAAUUCAUGUUUCCAGAUAGCAUGUUUAUUCUUCUAUAGAGUGACAGGAUCAAUUGCAUAAGCGCAAAGCCUUAAAAUUGCUGGUGUAGAGAAGACCCGUUUUUCAUUGAGAUUCUUUGUUCAUAGAACAAUUGUUUGGGAAAAUGGCUGUGGAACACACAGAACAUAUUUUGUAGAUUUAAUUUCUUAACAUCACAGCUUUUUAUUGUGUUCAGACCACUGGCUCUGCCUUUUUUUUUUUUUUUUUUUUUUUUUUUAAAUCCUUUGUCACUUUUGUCUGUUAGGCCUGAAGACAGGCCUUCUGGAGAUUUGUUUCAUGUAAAUCUUUUUUUAAAUUACCUUUCUGGUCAAGUACAUCAUGUUUCUUCAUUGGAUUUGUGAAACUUGAAGCCAUAAAAUUAUGAGUUUGGUGUGUAUUGGGUUAAAUAGCUAAAAGUCUAUUUUACCCAUUUAGACUUUGUUAUUUCCUUGUAUAAAGCUACAAACUGGGGCUCUUGUAUCAGUGCCAGCUGUAAUGUUUUUUAAUGCAGUGGCUGCCUUUUAUUGUCUUCCUAUUUUUGAUAAUGCAGAUUGUUGGGAAAUCUAUACGGAAGUAACUGAUUGCAGGCAAAUUGUUUUCUUCCUCCUCCACCCACCCCAAAUCCCUACCCAUCACUUUUUAUGAACACAGUAUGCCAGUGUAAUAUGGGAAAACUGAGAUUGAUUUGCCCUGAAUAGAAAACUAAUUUGGCAAACUGUUUUAAAAGCAUGUUGAUAAAUGAUAUCCAUAAAUUAGUUUAGGUAUAUUUUGUUUAAUUAUGUUAAAAUAUAUUUGUAUUUAUUAAUCAUGGGAUUUAGAGAAAUGAACAGAUUUUUGGUAAAACUGACGUAUGUCAGAUGGUAAGGAAUAUUAAAUAUUUGGAUAAGAUCAAUCAGGGUGAACUACAUUUUUCUGUUGCACUGGUAAUCAUUUGAGAAUUGAUUUACCUCAGUGUUUAACAGGUUUUUGUUUUGCUUUUUAAAUAAUAAUAAUUGUCAAGCACUGAUAAGAGAUGCAGAUUUUGGUGGGGAGGGGUGGAGGAAAUACCACCUCACCAGCUGCGGUGCAUUUGUGUGUUUUUAACCCUCAGUGAACUCUGAUUUUAGGGUACUUGAGGCUGACUUGGAAAUUAACUAAAGUUUUAAAGUAACCUUUUUUUCCAUUGUAAAUAUUUCUGUAAAUAACUACCAAUUGGAAAUUAGAAUGGUAGAGUACUUUUCUGAAUCCAAUCCUAUUUUUAUUUUAUACAGUAUUUCUCAGCUGUGAUCUUUGGAGCAAAAGCCAACGGCAGGAAAAAAAUAGUUUGUACCAGUUUCAUGAAGUAUGUCUUUGGGUUUUUGUAAAUAAUUUUAACUCAAAUAAAAUUGCUACUUUCAAUACA